AUGACACCAAUCGCUGUCUUUUUUUUUCUUCUUUUAGGCAGGGAGCACAACUUUCAAAAAUAUAAUAACAGCGUAGUAGAUAUGUUAAAUACACCCUAUGAUUAUGGAUCUUUAAUGCAUUAUUCACCGAAUGGCUUUUCUGCAAAUGGUCGGCCAACAAUCGAACCACUUCAACCCAAUGUUACAAUUGGUCAACGUGUCAAUUUAAGUGCGAUCGAUAUACAAGAAGUGCGAAUAUUGUACAAUUGUUCAGUCACUGGAGUUACAUUACCAUUACGUACCACAACGACAACAAGUAAAUGUGUAACCUAA